GCGGCUGUUUUCUGGAAGAGAAAUCAUGAUAUAAUAUAAGUAAACUAACACCUUGUUUGUCAUAUGCUGUACAAUAUUAGUGCAAUGUUUUACUUUUCAUUUUGUCCAGUGCAUUCCAGCUGUAUGCAAUAAGUUGUACAGGAAUUUAUUUCUUUAUCACAAUAAUAAGAGGACUUUGCCUUCCAGAGUCAGAUGAGAGGUAGGAGUGGCUAACGCUGAUUUAAAAACACACCAUACAUACAAACCACAGCAUGGUAACACUGUGAUAAACAAAUGAUGCAAUGCAUCACAUCCUUAUCUGAAAAAGGAUAUCAAUCAUCUGCUUCCAGUUUCAUUUUUAGAGAACAAAACUCUGUGAGCAAGACCUAGCCAUAGACAAAAAGUCGAGAAACUUAUGUUUCAGCCAGCUGCAACGUUUCUGACCAUGUCAGUUUCUAGUCUGAUCAGCUAUGCUACUAAACUUAUCUGCUCCAAUGGAGGUUCAAUGGAUUACAGAGAACUUCACAGACUGGUCACACAUUAUUUUAAUGAUUCAGACAACGUGCUACUAAAGGUCUUGAGAAAUAAAACACGUUUUGUUGUAGCUCAUGGAAAAAAAGAGCAAGCUUCAGGAGACAGACUAAGUCCCACCUGCAAAAUCUUUGCCAAAACAUCACUACGGAUGUGCAAAGUCUACCCGAAUGGAUCCUGUGACAACUGCAGAGCUUUGCAUCUUUGUAAAUACUUUGUGUAUCAGAACUGUCUGUAUGACAAUGGAAGAUGUCGAAAUUCACAUGACCUUAACUCAGAUCACAACAGUCCAUUACUGAGAUAUCAUCAUCUUCAAGACCUUGAACAGACAGAGUUAUUCCAGUUGCUGAUGCAGAAUGAUGUUUCCCUUCUGCCUGAGAUAUGUGCCUAUUACAAUAAAGGCGAUGGUGAUUAUGGAUCCUGUAGCUUCAAAGAAAAGUGUACGAAACUUCAUGUUUGCCAAUACUUUAUGCAAGGCAAUUGCAAAUUUGUCUUAAAAUGUAAAAGAUCUCACAAAUGUGAUGAAAACACUCGGAAGAAACUAGAAGAUUAUGGCUUUGGAGUGAAGCUUAUCCAAAAUCUUCCUUUACUGUAUCAAAAUAUGAAUGGGAUUAACAGCAGCAGUCAUUAAUAAAACAUAGAUUUCUGUUAUCUUUUCUGAUAUUUUUUAAAGAUAUUUAAAUGGUGUAUGCUGAACUAUUUUUUCUGAUUUACCAAAUAUAAACACUAUAUGUAAAGUAGUUAUUUUUAUACAUAUCAAGUUUUGUAAAGAUAGUGCACAUGCCCAUGCUGCUUGUUGACCUUAUUAAGGACAAGAAACCAAGAUCCUAAUUACGUUCAUUAAUAGCAGAGAAUUUAAGGAGAUCACAGAUGUGAACACAGUCUGCUACAAAAUUGCUUGUAUUAAGCUGUUAUUGUUUAAUUGAAAAAUCAAAUAGUAUUGAUGCUGUGGUCAUCAUGCAUACAUCUCUAGGGUCUCCUCCUAUUCUAAGUUUUUUAGUCUGCCCAGAUCUUUCUUUCAUGAUAAAUACCAAUACAGUGCUGCAAAAAUUCCUCUUCAGUAAAUAUCACAAGCAGACAAAAUCAGGAUACAUUUCUUUUCUUUUUUUAUAGUUGGAGUACAUGCUUUAUGCUUAUGGUCACAGAGUACCAGUUGAGGGGUUUGAACUCACAACCUCAGAGUUUGAGGUUCAAAAAUUCAAAGCCACAUCACACUGCCUGCCUUUUUAUAAAAUGGUAACCACUCCAAGCAGCUUCAUAAUUAGAAGCCAGGCCUAGAAAAAAUGGAAACCUGGUAUUUAUAUGGCUUGCUAAUGCUUUCAUUCCGUGAAGACAAAACUUUAUCACAGUGUACAUUUUUUAUUAUCUGAAAACAUUAUCCAUAUGUUUUGUGGUAUGGAACAGAUUUGUACUUCUUCAUCCUUUCUCUCUCAUUUAUUUCAAAACAUUUUAUUCACACAAAUACAUCAUGAUGCAUAUACACAGGUUUAAAUGGAGCCACAUGGAAAACAAGCAAAUGGAAAACAAGCAACAAUUAAAACCUUAACACAGCUGUUUAAAACUAAAAUGGGCAAUUAAGCAUUCUGAAUUGUUACAAGCAAGUAAACUAAAACUAA